UAAAAUUAUGAAUUAAAAAAAAAUGCGUUAGUGUGGAAUUCACAGGAAUUAUUUAGUUUAUAAUUAUUUCAUUUUUUUUUAUUUAUAUACGUGUUAUAUUCUUUUAUCAUUUUCUUACGAUUGUGAACACUGUUACGUACUUAGGGUGCUAUUCAUUUGUUGAAAAUGGAGGCGUGAUGGAGGUGCAUUCGUCGGAAAUCUAGGAUUUCGUGUUAGCGGUUGUAAGAAUUUCUAUAGCUAUAAUGGCUGGUAAUAAAAUACACAAGACCAAGGGAAAAGAAGAUAAGAAUAAGGGUAACAAAGGCAAAGGACAAAGUAAUGUGAGUGGUGAUGAUCCUGAUCAUGCUUUGCUAAGAAAGCCUGUGCUCACAAGUAUUACUGGUUUUAGUCAAGCAAGGAAGAUAUAUGAUUGGGCAACAGAGGAGUUAAAACAUAUAUUGGCACAUGAGUGUGACGUACUAUAUGAAUGCAAAGUGUGCCGUAACAUAUUUAGAAGUUUGGCAAAUUUCAUAUCCCACAAACGUGUUUACUGCAAAGAAACAUUCAAUCCUAAUGAACAUGGGCACUUCAUGAAACCACCUUCAACUUUUAAUGAAUUAUUAAAAAUCAAACGCCUUGAGGAAGAAUAUCAAGAAUCUUUAAAGGAGAAUAAGGAAGAAAAUGCAACAAUUAAAGAAGAUGAACGGAUUCCACUAACAAAAGACUUAACUGAGAUUGUGGAGAAAAUAAACAAGAAGAAUGGGAUGCAAAAUGGUCAUUCGGACUCACAGAUGAUAUUGCAAGAAAUACCAAAUAGUUCCGUAGCUGUAUUCCAGAAUGUCAAUACAAGUGACGAGAAACAGAAUGAGAGUAUGCAAAAACAGGUAAUUGAGUUAGAUAAUAUAUUAUCUAAAAGCUUAGCUGUUCUACAACAUGAUGGCAACUGUAAAUUAAAAGUCCUAAAUCAAGACCCUGAUAGUGUUAUACAAAUAAGUGACGAUGAUGAUGAUGAAGAAAAUGGUGAUACAAAUGACAUCCUUAAGUGCAAAUCUUGUGAUUUACAAUUUUCAACUCAAAAAACAUUGAAGUUCCACAUGAAGUAUAAACAUGUUGAGAGUCGGCUUGUUUAUCCUUGUCCUGAUUGUUUGGAAAUAUUCUCUACAUCAUGGAGUGUAUACAGACAUUUAUUUAAAGUGCACAGAAAAACUGCAGCACAGAUUAGGAGACUAAGGGAGUCCAUACAAUUAAAAGCUUUCAGAAUGAAUAAUAUUCCAGCUUUUUAUGAAAAACGUAGAAAUGUUGCGAAACAUGCAACAUCAACCAGGAAAGUGACUGAAGAAGAGAGAUUAGAUCAAGAAAAUCAGGCGUGGAUAGACAAUAUGGAGGGAGAUGGCGAAGGCCCGCGUUGCGGCGGCUGCGGGCGCGCCUUCGAACGCCGCGCAGCGCUCGUCGCGCACACGCACACCUGCGCCUCUCGCAGCCGCGCACGCGCACUCGCCGCCGCGCGCCGCCACGACGCCAAGCGCAUCCAGAUACAGAUCCGCCGCGACUACCACAAGGAGCCGGCCGCACCGCCCGCGCCGCCCGGACCGGCUAGUCCGCCCAGCCCCCUCGACAACGAUGAUAAUGAAAUCGCGGAGGAGUCGUGUCCCGCUCCAGAGUCUGUGAAGAAUAGUGCGAUGGUUUCACCAGUCCUUGUAGACGAUACUGAUGAUCCGGUCGAACUAGGUGAACAUGAAGAAAAAUCUGAUAAUGACUCGAAAUCGGCUGACACUCCUGAAAGGCGCUCACAAGAGUCUGCAUCUAUGCCAGAUGAAGUUCUUGUCGUGCCGGAUGACACCACGCCGGAAGAUGUACCCGUGAUACAAGUGGACCCUGAGGAGUCAGAGACAGGAGUGCUGCAGGAUGUGACGGUGCUACGGGAUAUUCCUACACCAAUUAUCCGGCUACCCCACGCACGUAAUGCGGAAAAAAGUAAUCUUAAUGCAUUCAGAGAAAAAAUUGAGCCAGAUGUCGAAUUGGAAACUUAUUUGUGUAAAAAAUGCGGAAGUAAAUCCAGUAACAUUCAAGAAUUGUACGAUCAUAUGGCGGCGCAUUACAAAUGGAUGCGUUAUGCUUGCAAGCUGUGCAACUUUAAGCAUUAUAUAUUUGAAAAAUUACCAGAACAUGUGAAAGUGGUUCAUAAAUUGAAAGGAGACAAAGAUUUUUAUUUCAGCACCGUUAAGGCUCUCGAUGGCCCCGAAGCAUUAGAAUUGGCCGAGGUCACUAGUGAACAAAAUGUUGUCAACGGAAACAGCCCCGAUUCUCAGAGGGGUAGUAGAUGUUCCAGUGAUUCGAGUCGUUUAUCAGACGAGGGGUCCUCAAGUACUACGCUUUCGGAAAACAAUGUUAAGAAGCGGAAAAAGCUACAUAAUACGGGAUCCUCAAAAAGGAAAAAGACGUCGCCGAGUAAAACUAUCGAAGAGCCCAGCACCGAAAACCAAGGUACGCCAUCGGAUAAAGAAGUUAAUCUCAUUGAAAUUGAUAGUAAUAGCUCUAAUAUCAAACCUGUAGAAGAAAAUUCUUCUGAUAUGGACGAUGUUGAUGAUAAAGCAUCCAAGCGACAGCUUGUUGAAGAUACUACGUCAAUGGCAUCUCGUCGACCGGUACGUAGAAAAACGAAACCUAAAAAUGAAGAUUUUGAAUAUGAUUUAUCAAAUUUACUUAAAUUGGAAGCACAAGGUUAUUAUCAAGUUAGUACAACUGCGAAAUCUAACAAUACGAAGAAAAAGUAUGUCCAAGAAAAUCAAAUUACUUAUGAAAGUUUGAACAGAGACUGUUGUGGUGCAAUGGUGGCUUUAUCUAAAAAUGCGGUGGAAAGAUCUGCAGCGCAUAUGAAAAUGAAAUCGUUUUCUGUUUGUCUUUCUACAAGGGAACCGAGACAUUCGGGUCUGUUUCUAAGGCCUAUGUUACCUAAAAGUACCAUUAAAGGAGAGAAAACAUCACCGAAAAAAGAUUCGCUUGAAGAAAAAAGAGACGAUUCUAGUCCAAAUAAAGAAGUAAAAAACCAAAUUGUCAGUGAAGAACUACCUAAAAGUACAAAUAAGGAAGUAGUGGAAGUAAACGAGGCAAAUAAAGUAUCUGGUGAUGGUUCCGCGAUAAAUAAAAAUCAAAUUAAUAAAUCUGCAUUCUAUGAGGCAGUCAAAACUAAUUUAGGUAAAACACCAGUUGUCCCACUCAAGUUGCGUCGUGAAAGUUUAGAAGUAAUUAAGAAUCCUCUAAUUAAUAAAAAUAUAAAGGAUUUUAAAAAAGCUGGAUUGACGACUAAGAUUUUAGUUAUAAAACCUUUUAAACGAGACUCGGAUGGCUUGAAAGGAUUAAAUACCCCAGUGCAGUACCAAACUAUAAAAGUGAAGGAUUCGAAAAAAGAUUCUUCAAGUGAAGAUAAAUCGUCUUACCAAAAGGUUGUAGUCGAAGUGCCUAUAGUAGAUAAUGCAGUUGCUCGUACUUCAGCAGAUCCAAACGUGGGUGGUAAAGUAUCUCCAAUAACUUCAGACGCGGCUAUGGAAUCUUCAUCGACGGCUGCUGAAGAUACUUCUGAACAUGUUAACACAUUAACACCUUCAGACGUAAAAGAAGAAAAAAUCUGUACCAAAUCAAGUACUUCAGUAAUCGUUUUAAAUUCAGUUAGCAAUUUGAUAAAAUGAAUACUGAAUAUACAUUGUAUUGUUUAUAAAAAAGACACUACUCACUAGUACAGAAUAUAUUCAUUAAUCGUAUAUACAUGUUAUGUGAUAAAACUAGAAUUGCGUUAUUUUACUAAGAGACCAAUAUGUUUUAAUUGCUGUGAAGGAAGUUAAAUUGAGUUAUAUUAUACCCACUGUUUUCUUUUAGAAACCUUUAUAAUAAAACCAGAAUACUAA